UUACGUCAGCGGGUUUCAUAUUUUAAACAGAACAAGAUGGCGGAGGAGAGCGGGCUGAGGUUUCGGAAUCAUUCUGAACAGAAUUGCAAAAACAAAGCUUUUGUUGAAGGUGUCAGUGGAGUGGAGGAUGUCGCCUUGAAUUCAGAGGAUGUCUUCUUGAAUUCAGAGGACGUCCCCAUGAAGGAGGCCCGGCCCAUACAGAUUGUCCUGGCACACGAAGAUGAUCACAACUUUGAGUUGGACGAGGAGGCCUUGGAGCGCAUCCUCAUGCAGGCGCACAUCCGGGAUCUCAACGUGGUGGUUGUUUCUGUGGCAGGAGCUUUCCGAAAGGGCAAAUCUUUCCUGCUUGAUUUCAUGCUGAGAUACAUGUACAAUAAUAAGAAUUCAGUGUGGUUGGGUGGAAAUGAUGACCCUUUGACUGGGUUUACAUGGCGAGGUGGAUGUGAACGAGAAACGACUGGCAUUCAGGUCUGGAGUGAAGUAUUUGUGAUUGAAAAGCCUGAUGGAAGCAAGGUGGCUGUGCUCUUAAUUGACACUCAGGGGGCCUUUGACAGCCAGUCGACUAUCAAAGACUGUGCCACAGUGUUUGCUUUGAGCACUAUGACCAGUUCAGUUCAGGUUUAUAAUUUAUCCCAGAACAUCCAGGAAGAUGACCUUCAACAUCUGCAGCUGUUCACAGAAUAUGGACGGCUUGCAAUGGAGGAAAUAUACAAGAAACCAUUUCAGACACUUAUGUUUCUAAUUCGAGACUGGAGCUAUCCUUAUGAGCAUCCCUAUGGUCUUGACGGAGGAAAUAGUUUUUUAGAAAAGAGGUUGCAGGUGAAACAGAACCAACAUGAAGAGCUGCAGAAUGUUAGGAAGCAUGUCCAUUCUUGUUUCUCAAAGAUCGCUUGUUUCUUGCUGCCACAUCCAGGACUCAAGGUUGCCACAAAUCCUAACUUUGAUGGAAGAUUAAAUGACAUAGAUGAUGAUUUUAAGAAGGAGUUGGAGAAUUUGGUGCCAUUAUUACUGGCUCCUGAGAACUUGGUAGAAAAAGAAAUCGGUGGCUCCAAAGUGACUUGCAGAGAUCUUGUAGAGUACUUUAAAGCUUACAUCAAAAUAUACCAAGGAGAGGAGCUGCCUCAUCCCAAGUCAAUGCUACAGGCAACUGCUGAAGCCAACAAUCUUGCAGCUAUUGCGGGAGCAAAAGACUGUUACAACAAAAGUAUGGAGCAGAUAUGCGGAGGAGACAAGCCUUAUAUUGCACCUUCAGACUUGGAGCGCAAGCACUUGGAUCUGAAAGAGUCAUCCAUACGACAAUUUCGCUCUGUGAAGAAAAUGGGAGGAGAGGAGUUCUGCCGCCGUUACCAGGAGCAGCUUGAGGCUGAAAUCGAAGAGGGCUAUGCAAACUUUAUCAAGCACAAUGACGGCAAAAAUAUUUUCUACGCUGCUCGCACACCAGCUACACUUUUUGCUGUUAUGUUCGUCAUGUACAUUGUCUCAGGAGUGACUGGUUUCAUUGGUUUGAACACAAUAGCUACCCUCUUUAACCUUGUUAUGGGAGUAGCAUUAUUAUCGCUCUGUACAUGGGCGUAUGUUAAAUACUCUGGGGAGUUUAGAGAAGUUGGAACAGUCAUCGAUCAAGUAGCAGAAACCUUAUGGGAACAGAUAUUGAAGCCUCUGAGUGAUCAUUUCAUGGAGGACAACAUUAGACAGACUGUGGCAAACUCCAUCAAAGCCGGUCUGACUGAACAGGUUACUCAGCAUGCCAAAUUAAAGACAAACUGACAAUCCCUGAUAUGGUCACCUUUUUAACAUGGCCCUCCUGACCUAGAGUGCUUUUGUAGACUGAGGACUCAAUGAACCAAAGUUUGCAAUCUUUGCUGUAUAAUUUUAUUUGACUGAACUGGCUUCACAGGAUACUGCUGCCAAGAUGGAACCAUGGUGAUUUCAUCAGUUUUUUUUCUUUUUUUAAAUGUGUGUGUGCCUUGUGUUUUUCCUACUACAUGACCAGUGUGUAGUAGAAACCAUUUACCCAUCUUUUAUUUCUUUCAACAUUUUGUUCCAUAAAAACUGGAAUCAAUGACUGGUUCAUUUUCAAUUAUUUUUUUUUU